UGAUCAGCCGGAGACAUAUUUGUAAUGUUUUUCAGAAGAAGGAUCCGAUCGUGUGAGGUGAAGUGAAACGACAGCGUUGCUGACACCGAGUAAGCAAGUCGACCCUUUCCGAGUCUUUACUCGGAGCUCCGCAGCAGGAUAUUUGAUCCCAGGAAUUCCCGUCAAAACACAUCUGUAAUAAAAGAACAGUGAAAGUGUCGUGAUUGGAGAAGGAUCCAAGUUUUCUUUUCUCAAAACAUCAGCUGUUAAAAUAAACACGGAGGAGUUCUUUCAUAAAAUCUGGUGUUUGUAAAAGUGAACCGAAGCCAGUGGGAACUCUGUGAACCCGAACCAGCACCAUACUGGUCCAGCUCGGCCUCACGCAGCGAAAAAGCCCUCAGUCAGCCGCGUUAUCUGGGAAAAGCUACAGGUUUUUCCUGUUUGUGUUGGCAGAAGUGGGAUUUCCAGUAUUCCUAGUGGGUGGUGAUUCAGGUGAAGCCCAAACUAUUUCAUUAUAGCUGACAUAUUGAUCAAACACCUGCUCUUACAUCCGAUCCUGGGUUUGGCGGUGAGAAUGAAUCCAGUCCUGUAUGGGAGGGAGGUGAUGCAACCGUAGGUCACGCUGGUGACCGAACAGCAGCUGAAAAAGCCCAAAAUUCAUCAGCAAACAAUUUUCUUAUUAGUCUGGAAAAAUAUUUACACUCCAUCUGGGAGAGGUCAAGGUUAAAAACGGACAAGCUGUCAAAAAAAAAAAAUUCAAAGCAGUCAAUCUAAAAAAUUUUAGCACAAUAAUAAAAAUCUGUAGUUAUUUAAUAAAUAUUUAGUUUUAAGGUGGAUAAAAUGAAGCUUUUACGGUCCUAAACACAGAAACAACAGGUCAUGCAAGUCCUAGAGAGGGAGGGUUUUUCUAGACACCGGCUAAUGGGAGGGAGGUGUGUGUGUGUGUUUAGUGGGCGGAGACAUGGAGGUGUGAGUGAGAGAGAGAGAGGGAGAGAGGGGAUUUGUGGCUUGUAGUUGGUCAGCUGUCAGUAGAUGCAGAUGACACACUCGCAUGGUAAUCUCAGAGGAGAGCAAGGGAAUACAAAACGUGGAUAUGACUGUGAUGUGUGUGUGUGUGUGUUUAAUGUGAAAACCAGUGAGUCGCCCAGCCGGCAUGAGGUGUUUAGCCGGUUCUUGGCUGGUUAUGGACGUCUUUAAAGGUGCUGCUACUUGCUGAAAAUGAGCAGUGGUGGGGCGGACACCCCGGAGCCCCCCAAAGGGGAGGCCCUGAAGAGGAAAGACUGUCAGUCAGACCUCCUGGGACCCAGUCCGAAGAGGAGUACAGAGCGGCGGAACAGGGAGCAGGAGAACAAAUACAUCGAGGAGCUGGCAGAGUUGAUCUUCGCCAACAUCAACGACAUGGACGACCUCAACGUCAAGCCGGACAAAUGUGCCAUCCUGAAAGAGACGGUGAAGCAGAUCCGACAGAUCAAAGAGCAGGAAAAGGCUCCGGUGGCGGAUGCUGAGGAGGUGCAGAAGGCAGACAUCUCCUCCACGGGGCAGGGCGGCAUCGAUAAAGACACGCUUGGCCCAAUGAUGUUGGAGGCUCUGGAUGGUUUCUUUUUUGUCGUCAACAUGGAGGGCAACAUAGUGUUUGUAUCGGAGAACGUCAGCCAGUAUUUGUGUUACCAGCAGGAGGAGUUGAUGAACACCAGCGUCUACAGCGUGCUGCACGUUGGAGACCAUGCAGAGUUCAUCAAGAACCUUCUUCCUAAAAGUCUGGUCAACCACCGCAGCGCUGACUCCUCCACCAGGAACAGCCACACCUUUAACUGCCGCAUGUUGGUCAACCCCCACGCCGACGGCGAGGCCCGGCUGACCCCGGAUCAGCCGGACGCGGCGCAGCAGAAGUACGAGACCAUGCAGUGUUUUGCUGUUUCUGAACCGAAGUCCAUCAAAGAGGAAGGUGAAGAUUUCCAGUCAUGUCUCAUUUGUGUGGCGAGAAGAGUUCCUGUGAAGGAGAGGCCGGCGAUGCCGGCGUACGAGAGCUUCACCACACGGCAGGACCUUCAAGGUAAGAUCACGUCACUGGACACCAGUUUGCUGCGGGCAUCCAUGAAGCCAGGCUGGGAAGACCUGGUCAGACGCUGCAUCCGGAAGUUCCACCUGCAGAGUGAUGGAGACACAUCCUUAGCCAAGAAACACCACCAAGAAGUGAUGAUGAACGGCCACGCGCUCAGCCCUCUGUACCGGUUCUCCCUGGCGGAUGGCACCAUGGUCUCCGCUCACACAAAGAGCAAACUGGUCCGGUCUGCAGCCACCAACGAGCCGCAGCUCUACAUGUCCAUGCACAUCCUGCAGAGGGAAAACCAGGGAAGCAUGAUUUCUGACAUGCCCAGUGGCCAGGAAGUGGGCAAGUCGCUGACCCCGACCAGCCUGAGUGGGACUUUUCCUUCAGCUGAUGUCGGCGUCACCAGCAACACCCAUCACUCCACAUCAGCUUGUGGCCCCCCCGGGCGUGGUUUCGGAGCUGCAUCAGGACGGGCGACCACGCCUCAGGGAAACUGUCAUCCUCUGAAGCUGGGCAGCCCUUCAGCCCACGGAAACCCCAGCAUCACCUCUGGGGCCCCCAGUGCCAUGUUGUCACCACGCCAUCGCCAGAGUCCCAGCAUGGUGGCGAGCAGCAGCAAUUCUAGCAGCCCUCACCUCCUCCAGCAUCCUCCUGGCUCUUUUUCUCCUGCAACUGGUUUGCACUCACCACCGUCUGUGUGCAGCAGCACAGGAACCAGCCAGGGGUUUAACUCCCUUAGCGCACUGCAAGCUCUCAGCCAGGGCCACGGGAUCUCUCCCAUCACUGAAGAACAGCAUCCAGAGUCCCCUGACCAAAAACCAGCAGCUCUCCGGAGUCCCCCACACAGCUCCAACACUGGUAACCAAAUCUCCAAGAGCAGUCCCAGUUUAGAGGCUGACUUUUUUGGAACUUUUGAAGAGCAGGAAGAGUUUUUGUCAUCCCAAAACCAGGAUGGUGCCCUGGGUGAAGGGAAGGAUGGUGAUCCCGAUGCCCCGGGAGGCAACGAAGAACUUGGCGAUGCCUCAAACCAGCAUCUAAACACCAAAAGCCACACAAAGCUGCUCCAGCUCCUCACCACUAAGCUCGAACCCUCUGAUCCCUGCUCUCCUACAGAGCCCAUGGGGGAUGAGCAGAACUGUAAGGACCAGCUGUGUGGGGCCGGCGGGGCCGGGCAUAACAACCAGUCCACCUCUCUAAAGGAAAAACAUAAAAUCCUCCACAGGUUGUUGCAGAACAGCACUUCGCCAGUAGAGCUGGCCAAGCUAACAGCUGAGGCUACUGGGAAAGACCCUGCUGGUUCAGAGUCUGCUUCUGGGGACAGCAUGGCUGCUCUCAGCGAACUCUGCACCAAACAGGAGCCGGGCAGCCCCAGAAAGAAGGACAAUGCUCUGCUUCGUUAUCUUUUGGACAGGGAUGAUAGCGGCAUUCUAGACAAAGCCAUCAAGAUGGAACCUGCCGAACGACUGAAACUCGCCAGCAUUAAGACGGAGAAGCAGGACAUGGGGUUUCAUUUGCCAGAUCAGGCCUCGGAGCUGGAGGACCUGCUGGAUGACCUGCAGAGUGAUGACCAGCAGCAGCACCUGUUCCCCACCCAGCCUCCAUCCUCUUCAUCUUCCUCAUCAGCUGUGCCACCUGGCUCUUCUGUGGAUAAGCAGACCAUCAUCAGUGACAUCCUGCAGAUGAACGACAGCAGCAGCUCCCCCAGCCAGCACAGAGCCUUCCCCCCCCUCUGCCCUGCGAGUUUUAACGGCGCCAGACUGGAGCAGCCGAGUCAAGGUGCUCCUCCAGUCAGGAGCAUGUCUCUAGAUGGCAGCAUGGGCACAAGUCCCACCAGGUCUUUCCCCCCUCAGCACAGGAACAAAGCUCCCUACUCCUUACUACAGCAGCAGCAGCAAGGCAUGAUGGGAACUCAUUCCAUCAUGAGCAACCAGGCUGGGAUGGCCAACACAGGCAUCCGGGGCUCCAUGCAGCAAGGUUGGGGUCCCCAGGGGUCAUUAGGGUCCCCUGUGGGGCCAAUGAUGGGGCAGGGGGUUAGUCGCAUGGUCCCCAACAUGAACCACCCCCUCGCUAGAGGCGGCGCACCACCUGCAUCCAGAGCCAUGGCCAACAUGGGGAUGAUGGGAACCGACCUGGACAUGUUGGCCCCUCCCUACCACCCUCAGCAGGCGCCGCCCAAUCAGACGGCUCCGUGGCCCGACCGGAUGAUGAUGGAUCACUAUGGAAACCAGAGCAGGCCGCUGUAUGGCGUUCCCCAUGAGGACAGUUGCUGUGGUUCGGGGCCUGAAGGCCAGACAGAUGAGGGUGCUCUGCUGAAUCAGCUGUGCUCCGUACUGAAGGACUACGAGGGUCUGGAGGAGAUCGACAAGAUGCUGGGAAUCCCCACACUGGCAGGACAGGGCCCCCUGUCAGACCAGGACCAGUACUUGGGCUCCUCAGAGCCUCCACCCAGCCUGAAGCCUCCCCUCUACAGUCAACACUACGGUGGGCCGCAGAGCUAUGGUGGUAUGCCUCCAGACGGCGGGUAUCCUGCUCCGUCCAUGGGCCACAUAGGGUCCCAGAGGAUGGGACCUGCAGGUUACCACCCCAUGAUGAGGAUGCCUGGUGGCGUCGGACCUCGGCCCCCUGGCAUGAGACCUGGGGGGUCCAAUCCAAUAGUCCCACCUCAGCCCAACAACCUGAGGCUCCAGCUGCAGCAACGACUCCAGGCCCAGCUGAACCGUCAGCCAGUGGUAACCCAGAUGGGUGCAGUCUCCAACAUUAAUCUACCUCUAAGGUCUAACGUACCCACCCAGGGGAAUCUCAGCGCCCAGAUGCUGGCCCAGCGUCAGUACCUCAGCAACCAUCUCCGCCAGCGUCAACAGCAGCAACAGCAGCAGCACGUACACCAGCAGCGUGCCAUGAUGAUGCGUACGCCGGGCAUCAACCUGCCACCCAACAUGCCCAGUGGGGGUGCUGCUCCCACUCCGAUGCCCAUGGGCGGCACCAACCCACGGGUACCACAGAGCAACAUUCAACGGUUUCCCUACCCAGCCUCCAGCUACGGUACCGGCCUGCCCUCUCCUCCUCCUCCUCCUCCUCAUCCCGGAUCCUCCAGCCCCUUCUCCUCCCCUGUCUCCCCCAGUCAUCUCCUGGCAAGCCAGGGCAUGAUGGGAAAUUUAGGUGGGCAGUACAGUGGUGUAAUGAGCCCGUCAUCACAGCACAGUGCCUUCCAGUUCAGCAGCUCAGGAAUGAGCCAGCAGCACCAGGACCCGGCGUCGUGCUUUCCAUGUGGGGCUGCCACUCCUCAGAGCCCCCUGCUGUCCCCCAGGAUGGGGCAGGGUCAGAACCCCAUGAUGCAGCAGAGCCAUGUCCAAACCCAACCCCCGACCACUAACCAGGGGGGUCCCCCCAGCUACCAGCCAAGCACCGACCUCAAUGGGUGGUCUCAACCUGCAAACAUCUCCACCAGCAACAGUGUGUACCCCCAGCAGUCCCAGUCCCAGUACUCCACACAGCUCAGUGGUGGGAUAUACAACAGCUGCACCAUGAACCUUGGAGGCUCCAUGUCAGGGCAGAUGGGCGAGCAGCUGACUGACAGCAGCCUCACCCUGGAGCAGCUUGCAGAAAUCGACAUGUUGACCCAAGAGAGCGACGUCAAUUCUAAUUUCUGCUGACCAUGACCAUGGUCAGGAGGAGGGAACUAGGGACCUGUGUUGGAACGCUGGAGCCCACUCGAGCGUGAAGAUGCCGAAGGGAGUGCGGCUCCUGUCGGCCCACUUUAAGGCACAACAGAUGAAGGAAAAACCGACACAUGCAAACUCUGAUCUGCAGUCAUUUCCUGCUUCAUAUUUUAUGCAACAAAAGUCAGAAACUACAGAGAACCAGAAAAACACAGUUGUACAAUAAUCUCAGAGGAGAAUGUAGUUUCUGAUUCAGGGUUUUGUGGGACACGUCUCUGGCAAACCAUCAGUUUGUGCUUUACAGUAUUUAUCUGUACGGUGUUCUGUAGAAACUCGCACAUGGUGCUAAAUCAGCGGAGUCGAGCUGCUUUAAAAACAAACAAAAAGCAGAUUUUUCAUAUUUACUCCAAAUGAAGCAAGUCUCACGGACCUGGAAAACUUUUACUGAUGUCUUUAGGAACUUACACAUUUCCUUCAGAUUUUUUAUUUAAGUUAUUAUGUUUAGUUGAAUUCCACACACCAGCAUCUUACUGUUCGCUACCAUUUUGUACCAAUUAAACAAAGCAGACACACCCUCAUCAUUUGCAAUAUGUUUGCAAUCACACACUGGAUUACUAUCAGUAAAUAUUACUGGCACUUAUUUAAACCUAUAAGAAAAUAAUAAACACUGGAAUUUGGAGCAAAUUUGAACAGGUUCCAGACCAAGAGCUUUUCUUUUGAAAUGUGAGGUUCGGGACCUUUUUUAAAUAAAAUAAGUUGAUGUGUUUUUGUUUUUUUGCAGUAAAUCAAUCUCUUGAACUGUUUUUAAAAUCUUGUCUCUGGUUUUUUAACUGAGGUUGUUGCCAUUUGGGGCUAUUGAUGUCAGAAGUGAGCGUUUUUAGUCACUUCACGGCCACAAUCAAAGCAACUAAAUGUGAUCUUCUGAAGCAGGGUAUAAUUGUGCGUGUGCGUGUGUGUGUGUGUGCGUGUGUGUGUGUGUGUGUGUGUGUGUGUGUGUGUCUACUGAAACGUAGAGGUGAUUGAAGGAAAAAUCUGUUUGUAAACAAACAAUGUAAUGGUUCUAUUUUAGAGCCAGACUGAUGACAACGGUGACAAAAUUCUAUAUAAAUAUAUAUACAAAAGUAUUUUAGUUAUUUAUAGUUUUGAAGACGUUUUAGAGAUUAUUUGUAUGAAAAAAUCCAGUUUAUCUUUCAGAAAAUCUCAUUGGUACUCAUUGAUGUUGAUUGAAAAUUAAUAUAUUUGAAUUGCUGUAGUAGACAGGAAAUGUGCCCCUAUUUAAUGAUUUUGAAUAAAGAUGAAUGUGUAUA